AUGUCGCCCGAACGAGUUCAGUGGCGGUCCAUAGUUCUCCGUCCCGGGAUAGUGGCUCUUCUCUUGUCCGCAGAAAUGAGCCUCAUUGGCGCGAUCACAACUCUUUGGAUUCUUUCCAACGUACACGCAGGCUUCACCAACGUUGGAUUUCAAGGGUCCGGUUCAGCAGUUUUCAGCGUGCAAGGCGCACUCGACCGCAGUCAGCCUUUGCUAUGGACGACGUUACCAGUCAUCAUCCUUACGCUCUAUCGCCUCUUCCGCGAAGCUGUCGUCGCAGCUCUCGUUGUUGAAACACCAUUCAUCGAAUUACACCAGUCCUCAUCUGUUAGCCCUACCAAGAUACGAAAGUCGAUAUAUGUGGACUAUCGCACAUCACUCAGCAUCAUAGCAUGGUACAAGGCUCUCCAGAACAGCCAUAUAUUCCUUGGUCUAUGCAUGCUGUUUUCCUUCGUGGUAUCAAUUGCGCUGGUACCGCUGGCUGGAGGCCUUUUCACCGAAGGGAUGGAGCUUUCUGCGACCAACGCAACUUUUAGUCUACUUUCUACACUUAACUUGAAUACCGACAUCAACGUCGUCGACUAUGGUGGCUUCUUCGACGUUGUUUCUGCCUCCUGGAUCUACAACGCAUCCUAUCCUCCUGGGACCGAGGGUCACUUUGCUCUUCCACAAAUUGCACCUAAACAAGGCCUGAAGAACUAUACCAUAUCUUUGCCGGCAACCACAUCUCAACUUUCUCUCGAUUGCCAAGUCAUCAGUGACGCAGCAUUCACCACAAAGGUCGAAACAGACAACAUAGCACUUCGAGCUUUCUCGGCUACCGAUCGCGAUUGUUUGAUCUCCGGAGACAUAGCUGUCAGAUCCGGAGAUGUUUACUACGACAAGUUUUACUACCUGAAAGCUUUCUCCCAGCAGGACUGCCCGGACGUCGCCGGUCGCACACGCAUGGUGAUCUUCUCCAUUCCAGUCUUUUCUAACAGCGACAUGCAAGAGCCGACCCUGAUAUCUUGCAUUCCUUCGUACUGGAUUGUCAAUGGCACAGUCAGCGUCAUUAGAAGUACAGACUCAGCUGGCCGACUGACAGAAACGCCUUCUUUCUCAGAAACCUCUCGGCUGAUUGAAGAACUGCCCGAUAUGAAACGCCAGCAGUUCGAACAAGGCGUCAUUAACGUGCAAUCCAUAAACAUUGGGAGUAAGUUUAAUUCACCGAAUCGCCUCGCAGAGCUGGUGGCUAGAUAUACCGACAGCCAUGCUUUGGAAUUCGCAGAAGAAAAUUUGAUUAAGGCUGCAAGCACUGUAUACCCAGCUGUCUAUACAAUGCUUUGCCUUGAUAGGUUCUACCCACGCUUGGCACAACCGAUUCAGCAGGAGGGUGUGUUGUACAUACCUGAGAACCGGUUACAUAUUGUGGAGCCUGUGGCGAUUGUCAUGCUUGUCGUUCUCGCCAUACUCAUUGUCGAGACCAUCUAUCUCAUCAUCUACUUGCACAAGCAUCCGAGCAUAUUAGCAGAAGAGCCCGUUGGACUAGUUGGUGCUGCGAAUCUCCUUCAUGGUAGCAACAUCUCAUGUUUGGUUGCAAAGUUUCAUCACGAGCCCGGAUUCGAUGGUCGCCUUCGACGGCUGGUUACACAGGCCGGCAAGACGCGAGAAAAGACCAGGGCUCCAAACACUGAUGACGGCCUAUUAGACGGAGACUGCUGGGUAGAACGAGAGCCUCAGUCAGGGCGGUUGAAGAUCUUAGUGGGGUCCGAGGCUGUAGACGCUGAAUACGCAUUUGCUUAG